AUGCGCGGGGAAAUGACCCAAUGGGGCCCCACGCCUCCACUGCGAGAUAUCGCGUCCGGUCAGCGGCAGGAGGUCGUAAGCAUACGAGCUCGUGGAGUCGUCCGGGUACGCCUUGCCCUCAACAAACGGCGCUUGGCACGGGCCGCCCACGACGAAUAUGCUCUGUACAAGCGCGCGAUGUGCUCCCAGCGGCAGUGCAAGAUACACACGAUGUCGACGUUGUCCUGCGCCAGGCCGCCCUUGACCGACGAUUCGACAACGUCAGAGCCCGCUGAAGAAGUACUCGCGCACGGUGGGUGGGUAAGACUCGAGGUCGCACCGGAUUUCGAGGUUGAAGAUGGAUCCCCUGGAGGAGCAGAAGAAGUGGAUGAGGAGGAGGCAUAG